CAUAGAGAACAUCCAUUUUUAUCCACUUUUUUAGAGAGAUCAAACAGAUCAUAAAUGGGAAGCCAUGAAGAGGGACAAAGAAGAGGCCGAGAAGUUCAUGUAGUGGUGGUGCCAUGUCCAACACAAGGCCACAUAAACCCGCUUCUCCAAUUCGCCAAGCACCUCACCCAUCGCGGGCUCAACGUCACGCUACCCACCAUCCUCACCAAUAGCAACCCCACGCACCUCGCGCUCCACACCUCGCUCACCAUCCAACACGUUUCUCUCUUGCCAUACCAAGGGACCGAGCCCGAGAAUCCCCUCGCCUUUUGGGACCGCCGACAAGCUUCCAUCCGCUUGCAUCUCACCGAGCUUCUUACUCGACGUGAAAGCAGUGGCGAUUCAGUUGAUUGUAUCGUGUACGACUCUAUGAUGCCUUGGGUUCUUGAUGUUGCUAAAAAGUUUGGAGUCUUAGGAGCUUCCUUCUUCACCCAAUCCUCUGCUGUGAACGCAAUUUACUACAACGUUUACAAAGGAUGGUUGAAUGUUCCUUUGCAAGAGAAGUCUGUUUUGUUGGAGGGGCAGCUUCCAGUUCUUCAGCCAUCCGACCUCUCAACUUUCGUUUCUGAGUCCAGCAAAUACCAAGCAGUUCUUAGCUUUCUGACUGACCAAUUCAAAAAUUUGGACGUUGCUGAUUGGAUCCUGGUCAAUACCUUCGAUUCCUUAGAACCAAAAGAAGCGGAGUGGAUGAGAAGGCAGCUUCCAUUCAUGAGCAUUGGGCCGAUGCUUCCCUCCGUCUACUUAGAUGGAGGACUACCAAACGAUAGAGAUUAUGGGGUUAGCUUGUUUGAUGAAUCUGAUAUGGACUCGACCAUGAAAUGGCUCGAUACGAAAGACAAAAGCUCGGUGAUUUACGUGUCGUUUGGAAGUUUGACAGAAGCGAAAGAGCAGCAGAUGGAGGAGGUAGCAUGGGGGCUGAAGCUCAGCAACAGAUGCUUCUUGUGGGUGGUGAGAGAGUCUGAGAUCCAUAAGCUUCCACCAAGUUUCAUAGAUGAGACGUCCGAAAAAGGGCUGGUGGUGAAUUGGUGUCCUCAGUUGGAAGUUUUGGCUCACGACUCGGUGGGGUGUUUUGUUACGCACUGCGGUUGGAACUCGACACUUGAAGCCUUGAGUUUGGGAGUGUCAUUGGUGGCAAUGGCGCUGUGGUCUGACCAACCCACCAAUGCCAAGUAUUUAGAGGAUGUGUGGAAGGUCGGAAAGAGGGUGAGAGUGGAGGAAAAUGGAAUAUGUACGAGGGAGCGAAUAGCAGAGAGCAUUAAUGAAGUUAUGGAAGGAGAAAAUAGUAAAGAGAUUAGAAGGAAUUUGAAUGGAUGGCGGCAAUCGGCAAAAGAGGCCAUGGACCAAGGAGGAAGCUCCAACACAAACAUAAAUGAUUUUGUACAACAACUUCUGAGGAAGACACAACUUUCUUACUGAUUGGGGGUUUAUUCCACAAUAUUCUUGUUAUAUUCAAAGAGAGUGCAAGUGGAGUGAGUGAUUUGGUAACAAAAAUCUUAAAAUUAAUAAUAAUAAAAAAUAGAGAGUUGUAUUCUUCAA